UAAUUUUAAUUAACAAAAAUGAAUAUAUAUAUAGUCGCAAUUGUGGUACUUUUCACUUUAGUGUCACGGAUUGCAACCACGCCAAUUGCGCAUAAAUCAGAUGUCAUUAAGCCAGUUGAUCAGAUAAAUUCUCCAUAUGUACGUGACAUCAUGCGCCGUUCCAAAGCGGCCGAAAUGCAUAACUACAUGAACACAAGCAUCGAUCCAUGCGAUGACUUUUACAAUUUUGCAUGUGGCAAUUGGUUGAAAAUAAAUCCAGCAAACUCUUUUGAACAUGUAACGACUGGCUUUUUUGAGUCGAUAACUUUAGCUUUGGACCGCAAACUAGCAUUAAUACUAAAAUCGGGAGUGCAGUACAAUGAUACGGAAACAGAUAUCAAAGUUAAGAAUUUCUAUGAAUCCUGCACAAACAUUGGUCAACUACAGUCAGGAUACAGAACAAAAUUGAAGGAAAUAAUUGCGGAGUUCGGUGAAAUGCCAGCAUUGGUUGGUGAUAAAUGGCAGGAGGAGAACUUCAAUUGGUUGGAGACAGUGGGAAAAAUUAGCUCAAAAUAUGGUAAAGAUAUAAUUCUAAGUAUUGAGGUAUUUGCAGAUUUUGCUAAAAAUUCAGAAAAUCGUGCUUAUAUUGGACAUCCAGAUUUUCCAUUAGAGAGUCGUUCAAUGUACUUAGAUAGUGUUACGGAAAUAUACCGGGAGAGCUACAAAAUAAAAAUAGCUGAUGAUUUAAAACGUUAUUUGGGCAUAAAUGAAAAAGUGGCAAAAGAAACAGCAGCAGAUAUAAUGGACUUUGAAAUUUCUUUGGCCAGUGGUAUGAUAGAUGAGAAAUUGGGUUUAGGAUUAGAUGAGAUGACACACUUAACCACAAUUGACGAAAUGCAAAAGAAAUAUUCACCAGACAUUGAUAUACGUCGUUUUUUUGAUAUAAGGAUCGGAGCUGAUUUUAAUGAAACUAUUUAUGAAUUCAUACCAGACUAUCAAGACAAUCUGAAAGAUGUUAUAAUAAGAACACCAAAGCGUAUUGUGGCUAAUUAUAUUUUCUAUAAUCUGGUUAGUGAAUUUCAGCUAAAAAUUGCUAAAACGAGAGUUCGUCAAGAAGUUUUGUGUAUAGCCAAGACUAAGUCACAUUUUGCGAAGGUAUUGGAUAAUAUGAUUUAUAGAAAAUAUAAUACCAAAACAACAGAAAUGGAUAUUGAAUUGGUAUGGAACAAACUAAAAAACAUUUAUAGAUCAAAAUUAUUAUCUACAGAACUAAGUUGGAUUGAUCUCGAUACUAGAAAGUCAGCUAUUGAGAAACUUGAUGCAAUGAAAUUGGAAAUCAACUCUUAUACUAAAGACGACUUCGCCAAGGAGUUUGCCAACUUGACAAUUAAUGGUGAGGAUUAUGUUGAAAAUAUUAAGAAUAUGUUAAAUUGGAGUGCCUCUCAAUUACUUAUUAAAUUACGUGAACCACCAAAACCAAUGGAAGCAGGCGAAUUACUUUCAUAUACCCCUGCAAAUAUUAUUAUUGAAAACACAAUAAAAGUGCCAGUAUCACUGUUACAGCCUUAUUAUCUAUGGGCUGCCAUUUAUCCAAAUGCUUUAAAGUUCGGUACUUUGGGCACGUUAGUUGGUCAUGAGAUGGUACAUGGUUUUGAUGACACAGGUCGAAGAUAUGAUAAAGAUGGAAACAGUAGAGAUUGGUGGGAUGAACUAUCUACAAAAAUAUUCACGGCAAAAACUAAAUGCUUCUCUAAUCAAUACAGUAAAUAUAUAUACGGUGGGCGUUUCCUACCAGAAAGUACUGCUCAGUCUGAAAAUAUUGCUGACAAUGGCGGAAUACGUUUGGCAUAUGAAGCUUAUUUGAAUUGGUAUGAGGAUGCAGUGCGCUCUGGGCAAAAUUUAGAAUUUGAAACAUUACCGACAUUGAAUUAUACAAGUAAACAAUUAUUUUUUAUAACAUAUGCACAAUUGUGGUGCAGUGAUAGUCAUCCAAAAAUAAGAGAUUUGCAGACAUCAACAGACUCACAUGUGCCUUCAAUGUUUAGAGUAAUUGGACCACUUUCAAAUAUGGUAGAAUUCUCGAAAGAAUUCAACUGUGAACUAGGUUCUCAGAUGAAUCCGUCAAAUAAAUGUGCAAUUUAUUAGAAAAUUUAAUAAUAUUUCAAUUUAAAUAAAAUAGAA